AUGGUUAAUUCUACCGUACGAGGAUUGGCAGGUAACAAGUUUUCAGUUUCAGCCGAACAUAAUUCUGAUGUUAAUUCUAAUAAAGGCUUGAAAAUCUCCGAUACAUGUGUAAAGAGACUGAAACAGAUAGCAUCAGAUGGGGUCUUUUUGCGAGUUAUUGUAGAGGGAGGUGGUUGUUCAGGUUUCCAGUAUAGAUUUGAUUUGGAUACCAACAUCAACGAGGAUGAUCAAAUAUAUGAACGAGAUGGAGCUAAAGUAGUUAUUGAUGAAACAUCACUGGAUUUUGUUAAAGAUUCAACAAUUGACUAUUAUGAAGAACUUAUUCGUUCAGCAUUUAGGAUUAUUAACAAUCCCCAGGCUGAACACGGAUGUUCUUGUGGUGCAUCAUUUUCAAUAAAAGUUUAA